AGAUUACGUAAAAUCACACUAGCUACUCAAUAUCGGGCCAACUUUACCCACGCUCUUUUGCCAUUUAUAAAAUUAUUCCUGUCCGUUUUUUAUUUCUUUUUUAACUCUACUACAUGUAAACGCCGGUUGGCAAUAUGAAAGACAUUUAGUGAACUAAAUCACUUAAACUGCGGUUAUAGUAUGUCAUCAGCAAAACACACAUGUCCAUAAAAGUUUAGGCAGCGCACACCAACAGUGCUAAAUCAAAGGGUAUCACCACAUCCCUUUCCGCAGUUGAUAUUUGGCAACUGAUGAGAGAUGGUAUGGCCGUGAGUGACGUACAGAUGUCUCGUCUGCUGAAACUUGCGCACAAAUUUAAUUGCUUUUAUUUAACAGGUUUGCAUAAAGGAGACUGUCGUCCCUUUAUUGUUGAGGGACAUCAGGUGGGUCUGGUCAGGCCUGAUGUUAUGCAGCAUCUUCAUCACUAUCCUGAUGUAUUUCAUAUUCAGCCCGAUGCCGUCGAACUGAAUCCUGCCUUCAGAGAUUAUGGGGAACGGAGUGACAGAGUGGAAGCAGUACUGAAAGACUGUCGUGCAAACAAUAUAUUUAUCGCACUUAAAGGUUGGCGUGAAGAGUGUUAUGAAGUUUGUGCUGCAUAUGCAUCCAAAGCGCUUCUUAAGAUGGACCGUUCAGCCACUUGUUUAUUUGGAAUUCGUAACUAUGGUGUUGACAUUAAUGGGUAUGUGAGGCAUCCAGAGAAGGGACUGUGCCUUUGGUUGCAGCAGCGCUCAGCAACAAAGCAAACAUGGCCUGGAAAGUGGGAUAAUAUGGUAGGUGGUGGCCUUUCUGUGGGUUAUACUAUAAUGGAAACUGCCAUAAAGGAAGCAGCAGAAGAAGCUUCAAUACCCCUGGAACUGAUGAAGAAUCUGAGGCCUGCUGGAUCUGUUUCGUUUUUCUUUGAAAGUGAAAGAGGGCUUUUUCCAAACACAGAAUUUGUCUUUGACCUGGAAUUGCCUUUGGAUUUCAUUCCUUUCAAUAGUGAUGGUGAAGUGCAAUGCUUUCAGCUACUCCCUGCAAUGGAUGUCCUUGAAAAAGUUUUCUCUCCAGACUUCAAAACAACAAGUUGCCCAGUAAUAGUUGAUUUUCUUAUUCGACAUGGCCUGGUUUCAAUUGAAAAUGAGCCAAACUUGCCUCAAGUUGUGGAACUGCUUCAUGUGCCACUUCAGACCAUCUACAGAUCAUGCCAGUACCAGCCUCCAGCUACAAAUGGUCAAGACAUUUCUGCAUAGCCUCCAGCUGUAGCAUAUGUAUUUCUUCUUCUACUUGUAUAAAAACUGGAGAUGUUAGAUGAAAGAGAAGUAGUAUUUUGCAAAAUAAAAUCACUUAACGAGUUUUACAAAUAUCUUGCUUAUGUUAUUAAUCUGUAUGAUUUUGUACAUCAUAAUAGGAAAUGUAUUUUAUGUACAAAACCAAUUAUCAGUAUUAGGGAUGUUUUAGAACAUUGGGAGACUUUAUUUUUCUGGUGUUCAUUGUUCAGAAUUAUCAUUGUUCAUAUGAUUAUAAUCUUUACAUUUAUUGCAUGAUGUGGAAAAUAUGGAUAGCAUCUUUUGUACAGAAGCUAUUUAACUAAAAGAACAAGAGGAGCAAGUGCAGGAAAAGAUUAGUGCAAAUAACUGAUUGUGAGAUGUAGCACGUAUGUGACACAAAAGUGUCUCACAACACGUAACAGCCUUAAAAGUUAAUCAACUUCAUUUCAUGGGUAAGAUUAGAGAAAAGUAGUUAACCUAGUGUCCAAGAAAUUAUUAAGUUAUGUGGCAUUAAUAACAUCUGAUGUGAAGCUCAAAAUUUGAUACCUUGAAUGACCAAGCUUGUUUUAUUUUUGAGAUUAAGAGAUGUUGUUUUUUAUGGUGCACAAAUAGUAUAGAACUAAAUAUAAAAAACCUUCAUAGUUUUUCACAUUUCAUGUGAUGGUAAACAAGAUAAUAAUGUAAUGUGAACUUCUAUUAGUAUAUGGAGUUUAAUGCAAAAGGAUGGAAGAUCAGGGACAAAAUCUCUAUCAUCUAGGUGAUAGAAUGCAUAUUGGCCUUUCCGUUCUAUGUUUGUAUGGUGAAGGAGAAAGGUGUUUAUUUUUGUGUAUGUGGUUUUAGAUGAAUUCCUCAUUGGACCAUAAAAAUAGCUGUUCUCAAUAAUUUUAUGUACAAUUAUGAAACUGUAGUCACAUGUCUGAUAAAUCAGUAUUAAUGGCCACAUAAACAGAGGGGACAAUAAUAUUAAUUUUAGUUUAUGUGCAAAGUAUUAUGAUGUUUUGUUGUUAUUGUAAGUUAUGAGUAGGAUUAAGUCAGAAAGUUAUAUCAACAAAGCGUACAGUCACUGUCCAAUAUAAUACUUUCAUUAAAUGUCUCCUCUGCUGUUAUUGUACAGUGUUUUGUAGGCCUAAAAAGUACUGGCGGUGCUCUUACUUGAUGUUUAAAACUGAUGAGUUCUUCAUGUGAAGAUGAUAUAAAACUUGUAUUCUUGUUCAUGUGUCUGCCAUUUUACGCAUCCCCAUGAUGGUUCUCAUAUGUUCGUGACAGUUUCUACUUUCAGUCAAAAAAUCAUAAAGUCAGUUUUAAUAAAUCUCCAAGACCAACAUGAA